AUGACAACCGAAAGCUACGGGGAUAUGCUGCGGGACCGCGGCUGGUCUGCCGAAGGAUCCUUCGAAGACCAGGUGUGGCUGAGGGCUGUCUACGGUGUCAUAGCCGUGCUGGGCAUCACCGGUAACGCCCUCGUCAUGUUCACGGUGGCCCGCGUCCCCUCGCUGCGCUCGCUGACCAACAUGUUCAUCGUGAGCUUGGCAAUGUGCGAUUUCAUCACCUCGGUAUUUCUCAUUCCGCUCCAUCUUGGUUUUUCCAUUCCGGUGCCAGAUGGAGUGGCGGGUGAUAUAAUAUGCCGUCUUCUGCUGUCCAAGUUCCCCCUGUGGACCAGCUUCGUCGCCUCCGUUCUCACCCUGACAUGUGUCACCCUCGAGAGGUAUUGCAGUAUCGUGCACCCCUUCCGGUACGAGGCACUUUUCACCCACCGGAAAGCGAUCGCUAUGAUCAUUUGCAUAUGGGCCAUGGCUGUGCUCAUGAAUAGUUAUUUCUUCUACAUAUUUUACAGCGAUGGCGGCCGAUGCAUUAUCCAGUGGCAAAGCACAGUUUGGCAGAAGUUUGUGGGCGUGGCUAACUUCUGUGUCAUUUACAUCUUCCCACUGAGCUUGAUGGGCUUCUCCUAUUGGCGGAUCAUGCAUAAUUUGCACAAGAGCGCCCAAACUAUGCGCCAAUCAACAUCCGAAGGUAGAGAGAACCAGCUCUCAAGGGAUCUCCUCCGCGCGCGGAAGAAAGUGGUCAAGAUGCUGUUGACGGUUGUGGCGACCUUUGCGGUGUGUUGGGCGCCAAACCAGUUCCUGUUUUUCUCCUACAUGUGCGGCUGGAACCUUGACUUCUCCUCCUGGUACUACCACGCCAGCGUGUUGAUCGCCUUCUGUAAUUCGUGCAUGAACCCGUUCAUCUACGGCUUUCAGAGCAAGCAGCAUCGCAAAGCGCUCCGUCGGGCGUUUGGCUGCAGUAACGCCGUAGGUGCCCGUGCGUUGGAGGGAGCCAGCAACUUGAGUUUCGUUCACACCGCAGACGUGAAAGAGUUUCACGUCAACGCUAUGAGGAAUCUACCCACACCAAGAAACACAGAGAAGGCCACCCAAAACCGGAGCGAAUAAUUAAUCGUUGCGGGUCGGUGAUCACGACCAAUGCGAUGAACAGGUCAUCACCAGAACCAAUAACCUAACAGCCGGUUUAAAGACGGAAACAUUUACUAACACA